UAGAACUGCCCCAUAGGAUUUCCAAGGCUGUAAUCUUUAAGGAAGCAGACUGCCAUAUCUUUCUCCUGCAGAGCAGCUGGUGAAUCCGAACCACGAAACUUUUGGUUAGCAGCCAAACAAGAGUUUAACCACUGCACCACUAGGGCUUCUCAACAGCUUCGUAACAACAACAACAAAAAAAAACCAGUGCCAUUGAGUCGAUUCCGACUCAUAGCGACCCUAUAGGACAGAGCAGAACUGCUCCAUAGAGUUUCCAAGGAGCGCCUAGUGGAUUCGAACCGCCUACCCUUUGCUUAGCCGCCGUAGCACUUAACCACUACGCCCCCAGGGUUUCCCGACAACUUCCUAGGUACUUAGAAUUAACCCAAAUUCUUUCACCUGACCUGACCUCUGUCUUCCUCUCAGACUUACCUGAUUUAGGCUCACUGGCUUUUUGCCCCCAUUCCUGGGAUUUACCAAAUUUAUUUCUACUUUAUGAUCGUAGCAUUGGUGAAUUCUUCUGUUGGAAUCUACUACUAGUUGGCUCCUUACUGCCAUUCAGAUCUCAGUUUAAAUGGGACUUCCUCUUUUCCUCUGAGAGGAGGUAUCACUAAUCUAAAGUGGUCAUUUCUUAUCACCUCUUUUAUAGCACUGAAGACUAUCUGAUAUCACCUUGUUUAUAUGUUUGACUUCCCCCACUGGGUUUUAAUGUUCAUGAGAACAGUAACCUCUUCAGUCUUGUCCAGUGCUCUGUUCCCAAAGCCUGGAGCAUAAAAUAGAGCUCAAUAAAUAUGUUGAAUAAAUGAAUGUAUUGAGGAUUAAGAUGAUGAUGACGACGAUACCUCAUACGACUUGGCCACAAAUUCUAGCAAUUUUUCUAAGAACAAGAAUUGCCAUUCAGAGGUUAGAUUCUGGAAGACUGGGGAAAUCUGACGACUGUCACAAAAAGGUCUGGGGCUGAAGGCUGGGGGAAGAGAAGGGAAUAUAUUUAAAUGUUGGCCUUCUUUCCCCUAUCCAAAGACCCCAGUGGCCUUGUAAAAGGGAGGACUAGAGUCAUUUGACCAGAAACUCCAGCUCAGACACAGCGGGCAUUUCCCAUUCGUGGUUCUUCACAGCCACUCCGCUAGUUGCAAUUGCGCAAACCUCUCUAGGACCCCGGGUUCCUUUCUGUUUCUUUAUGAAUGAGCCGGCUCCAGUCUGCGCACGCGCAGCUCCCAGCUCUCCCGCUCCACGUGAGACCCACCCUUCCCUCCUGCUCGCGACCCCGCCCUUAUUCUUUCUAAUAGACCAAUGGGGAACAACCUGGGGGGCGGAGCUCGGAGCGGCGCGGCAGUGUAGUUCCCUCGGCGCCGGGCUCCCUCGGUUUAGUCGUGCAGUGUUGUGAUCACGUGGCCGGCUCCGGGCGCGGCGCUUGUUUUGGUUUCCCUAUAGCUUGGCCCUGGCAGCUUCUGGGUGAGCGACUUUCUUGCACGGUUGCCACGCCCGCUUACACCCUGAGCUCCUCUUCUUCGGGCUUUCUCAGCCUGCAGUUCUCCAAGCCCCUUGGGGCGGGCUCCUGCCAUGCCGCUGGUCCGCUACAGGAAGGUGGUCAUCCUCGGAUACCGUUCUGUAGGGAAGACAUCUUUGGCACAUCAAUUUGUGGAAGGCGAGUUCUUGGAAGGCUAUGAUCCUACAGUGGAGAAUACUUACAGCAAGAUAGUGACUCUUGGCAAAGAUGAGUUUCACCUACACCUGGUGGACACUGCAGGGCAGGAUGAGUACAGCAUUCUUCCCUAUUCAUUCAUCAUUGGGGUCCAUGGUUACGUGCUUGUAUAUUCUGUUACCUCUCAGCAUAGCUUCCAAGUCAUUGAGAGUCUGUACCAAAAGCUACAUGAAGGCCAUGGGAAAACCAGGCUGCCGGUGGUGCUAGUUGGGAACAAGGCAGAUCUCUCUCCAGCUAGGGAGGUCCAAGCAGUUGAAGGGAAGAAGCUGGCAGAGUCCUGGGGCGCGACAUUUAUGGAGUCAUCUGCUCGAGAAAAUCAGCUGACUCAAGGCAUCUUCACCAAAGUCAUUCAGGAGAUUGCCCGUGUGGAGAAUUCCUAUGGGCAAGAGCGUCACUGCCGACUCAUGUGAGCCUUUGGGCAUGGGGUAACUGCCUUAUUUCUGCCGCUGGCAUUUGCCAGGCUCCA